AUGGCUGCAGCAAGAGAUACAUUUAAAAACGGAAUUUUUAUGGACUCAGGAGCAGAAUUCCUUAUUAAAAUUUGCUCGCUAUUCCAACAUCAUGAAGUUUGUCAAGGACUAGUUGAUAUGUAUGGACGUGGAUAUGCAGAAAAUGUUAUGGCAAAACUUUUAGAGACUGGCCAUAUUUGUUCCAAAAUUGGACUAUGCCAGCACCCAGAGUAUUUAUUAGAUAAUUUAACGCAAUACGAGCAAGAAGUACUUAUUCCCCUUCCUAUGUGAGAAAGUAAAAAAAUUUUUUUACUUGUUCACUAUGGAGUUAAAUUUUUUAUAUUUUCAAGAUUUAAAAAAAAAUCCCAAGUAAAAUAGCUUUAAUUUGUGAAAUUUAUUUUAAAAUGCAAGUUGUUUGAGCUUCAACAGAGUUUGCUAGAAUUUCAUUAUAAUAAUUAUAGCUUAUAUAUUAAAAAAUUUUUUGCUCUAGAAGGGUUUUUAUUUUUCCCAUUUUUACAAUAAUUUUGCUCACUGACGGUUGGGGGAGUUAAAGAUAUGCCGCCAAUCCAGCCUUGGCCAAUAACAGGAUCUGAAACCUUCUUUGUGCUGCAAGUAACAGACAUGCACAUUGACUAUUUUUAUCAGCCAGGAUCAGAAGCUGAAUGCUCAUAUCCUGUUUGUUGUCGAUCAGGAAAUGGAACGGCUGGAUACUGGGGAUCUCGAGCUUGCUGUGACACUCCUCCACAAACCGCAAUAGCUUUUCUUGAGCAAAUAAAAAAUCUUCCCAUAAGUUUUGUGGUGUGAACAGGAGAUAAUCCCCCUCAUGAUGUGUGGGACUAUGAAAGAGAAAAAGAAAUGGACGUGACUCGAAAAAUCACGAAAAUGUUCAAAGACCAUUUAAAAGUCCCUGUAUUCCCCAUUAUUGGAAAUCAUGAUUGCUUUCCUAUGGAUUUUUUUCACCCAAAUCAUGAGCAAGUUUUAUUGGGAAAUUUAACUGAACUUUGGCAGGAUUGGCUUGGAUAUGAAGAAAUUAAACAAUUUGCUAAAAAUGGCUAUUACUCGACCUUAGAACCAACAACAGGAUUUAGAAUUUUAGGGCUUAAUAAUCAGCUAGGGGAUAAUAUGAAUGGAUGGCUUAUCCAAAACAAUACAGAUCCUGCAGGAAUGCUUGCAUGGCUUAAAAAUGAACUCUAUAAAGCUGAAUCAAAUAAUGAGGCUGUUAUCAUUAUAGGGCAUAUUCCUCAUGGAGAUAAAUAUAUUGACUCAAUAUGGUCGAGGCACUUCAGAGCCCUUGUGAAUAGGUUCCAAAAUACAAUUAGAGGACAGCUUUUUGGCCAUACUCAUGCUGAUGAGUUCUUUGUAGUUCAUUCAUUAGUUUCUGGUGCUGAUCCAGCUGGUGUUUAUUUUGCAGCUCCUUCUUUUACAACUUAUUGGUAUCAAAAUCCGUCAUUUAGAUUAUGCACUUUAUAUUAGACUGAGAAUAUCUUUUUUGAGAUAUUUAUUAUAAUUACAAAAAAGUAAAUAUUCAAGCUUCAGAAUUUCUUAAAAAUCAUUAUAAUGAUGCAUAUAUGAGUACGAUGUGAAGACACAUCAUUUAGUAAAUAUUCACCAAUAUAGAUUGCCUCUUCAUAGCGCCAAUAAAAACACUGAAAGCGCAAUUUUUGAGCUCGCUUUUAACUUCAAAGAAGAGUAUGGUAUGGCUGACAUGUCACCCUCAUCCUUUGCUAAUUUGGCUGACCAAGUGCUUAAAGAUGAGGCGGUCGCUCAAAAAUACUAUGCAAACUGGCUCGGCCAAUAUCCAUUUGAGUCUAAAAAAUGUGAUAAAAAAUGUCAAAAAUCCCUGUAUUGUAGACUUUCUAAUGAUGUUUUCAACGAUGUGUUUGCAUGUGAUGAGCGAGCUGGGUUUGGGACGUAUGUUUUUGGACUUGUCUGGGAAGUUGUGCAAGGUCCUUGGGAAUAUUUAGUCGAAUAA